AUGACUCAACCGAACGCGACACUACCGACAAUGAACGAUUGCGCCGAUAACUUGUCCUUCACUACUGGCUUGGGCGCAGGAGACUCAUUCAUUGUAGAAGAUAUAUUGCCCCCAGAUCUAGCCGAAGAUGUAUUUGAGCGCGUCCUUGAGGAGGUGGGCUGGGGGAAGAUGUUCCAUCGAGGUGGCGAGGUUCCGAGACUUGUUGCAGUACAAGGGGGAGUAGAUGAAGACGGCAGUUUCCCUAUCUACCGCCAUCCAACUGAUACUGCUCCACCACUUUACCCAUUUACGUCCACCAUUGAGCGCAUUCGCGCCCAAGUCGACAAAGUUUUGGAAUCCCACCUUCGCCGCCAUGGCGGCACAUAUGUUGGUCCGUUGAACCACGUCCUCAUUCAACACUAUCGCACGGGCGCAGACUACAUCUCUGAGCACAGCGACAAAACCAUCGAUGUCGUACGCGGUUCGUACAUCGUCAACGUAAGUUUGGGUGCUGAGCGUGUCAUGGUUCUGCGCGCGAAGCGAGAUGUAGUGGGUAAAGCCCCUUCGUCUACGGGAGGCGACACCACAUCAGAUCACGAGGCCCCUACUGCAGUGUCGCAUAACCCGCCUCGCCCUGCACAACGGAUUCCUCUCCCGAAUAACUCGAUGUUCGUGAUGGGACUCGAUACAAAUAAGAAGCUGCUUCAUGGAAUACCAACUGACAAGCGACCGCUUACAGUGAAGUCGGAGACGGAGAGAAAUAAAGGAGGGGCAAGGAUUAGUCUUACCUUCCGGUGCAUCGGUACGUUUGUGAGCGGAGACGCGAAGAAGAUUUGGGGGAGUGGCGCAACGGCGAAGACAAGGUCUGAAGCAAAGGAUGUGAUACUAAGCGUGGAAGGAGAUGGCAAAUCGGAAGCGUUGAUUGAGGCAUUUGGCGGAGAGAAUCGAGAUAGCGAGUUCGAUUGGGAGAGGUGGUAUGGCGGGGGUUUCGAUGUCAUUAAUUUCGGGUUAUCGAUUUGA